UGACGUCACCGCAGCGCUCCAACUCGCCCGGGUCCGCUUCUGUCAGUUGCUUCCCCAUUUCUCUGCAUCUUUAUGCGCGCUCGGAUCUUGGAGCUACGUUUUUCACACCCCACAGCCCCCCACACACACCGAGGACUGGAAACAUGACGAAGAGGAUCAAUCCCGUGCGAUAGACAGGAUGGCCGCUCGCGACGACUAAGUGAAAUGUUGUCGACGCCGUUUCGGAAGUGGAGAGACAUAUUUCGGGAUGACGGCGGCGCAGUUUUCAAAGGGAAUGGAGUUACCCGACCCCUGUCACAGCAAGCACCACAUCGAUUCCAGGAAGAGUCCCGUGAUCAGCGCCGUCAUGUUCGCCGCGGGCCUCCUGGGCAACGUGGCCGCCCUGGUGAUCCUGGAGAUCCGGCGGCGGCGGGACGCCAAGGCGACGGACAGUCGGCGCCGAGCGCUCUUCCACGUCCUCAUCACGUCGCUGGUGGUCACGGACUUGGGCGGGACCUGUCUGGUCAGUCCGCUCGUCCAGCUGUCGUAUUCGCGCAACAUCACCUUGGAGGGAAUGUCGCCCGACACUCACGGGGUGUGCGCCUACUUUGGAUUCAGCAUGACCUUCUUCAGCUUGGCGACCAUGUCUCUUCUCCUCAUGAUGGCUCUGGAAAGAUGCCUGGCGAUCGGCUACCCCUACCUGUACGCUCGGCACGUCACCAAAAAAUUAGCCUACGUCACAAUUCCCGCCGUGUUUUUGCUCUGCGUUCUAUUCUGCCUCCUCCCUUUUGUGGGAUUCGGGAAAUACGUGCAAUAUUGCCCCGGCACUUGGUGCUUCAUUGACAUGAAUCCAGAGGGGAAGAAAGACCGGGUCUACGCCAACCUGUACGCCACGGUGAUGUUAGUCCUGGUGCUGGCCAUCGUGGCCUGCAACGCCUUUGUGGGUUACCAGUUGCUGCGCAUGUACCAGCGCCGGAGGAGGAACGGAGGCUCCGUCACGGCCAGCGCGCACUGCAACGGCGAGCGCAAGCCCGUACCCAUGGUGGAGGAGGUGGACCAUCUCAUCCUACUGGUCUUCAUGACUAUCAUCUUCAUCAUCUGCACGCUGCCCCUUGUGAUUCGCGUGUACAUCAAUUCGGUUGGGGUUCGCAUCGAGUCCCACCCCCUGGACCUGAUUGCCCUCCGUUUCAUCUCGGUCAACUCCAUCAUCGACCCCUGGGUCUUCAUCCUGCUCUCUCCCGGCGUGGUGCACUUUUGCUACGUCUCCAUUUGUAGACUCCCCCAAGGAACUUUGAAGACUUCUCGGCUCAACUCAUCAACGUCCAAAGAGCCUCCGGCUAAUGUCGAGAUGUCGUGCCCGGAACUGGAAUACACGGAGUCUUUUCCACCAAAUGUAUGACUAGGAUUUCUUUUCCUCUUUUUUGUGAUUUAAUCGUUGUAUUUAUUUUAGCUGUCAAAAGGUCACAGGGUUGGAUCACCCUGCUAAUCGCACGAGGCACACACGUUUUGAACGUUUUGUUUAUCUAUUUUUUGGGGCAGUUCCGGUUUUAUCAGCUGCUGGCACUUCCUUAUCAUAGCUCAGAUAUGUUCGUGCGUGCGUGAAUUCUGUCAAGUUAAGUGUUUUUUUUAAAGGCUAAGUGGCUAAGCCUUGAGUGCAGCAGGUCCCAAUCAAUAUAGCUUUUUUUUUCCCCCAGGCUUAAAUUUUUUUUUGGGUAGAAUCACAUUUCGAUAACCAACUAAUUAAUUCAUAAUUGAGAAAUGUAUAUUGAUAUUUUGGUCCCUUAAAGCAGCGGUCCCCACCCCUCCGGGUUGCCGGUCUGCGGGUCAUUUGGCUACGCAGCCGCAGAGAAAGAAUACAUAACCUGCAUUACUUCAGUUUUAUUUAUUUUGGAAUCUAAAAUAGGUUUUAUUUUGAAAAUCUUCCGGAUUCUCUCUUACAUUAUGCCACUCUUGACGCUGGUGAAGGUGUGCUUCUUGGUCACGUGAUAGGUUGCCACUAAAAUGAAAGCCAGGAGCUAUCAAAAUGGGAGUGGGGGGGGACAAACGUCUUUGGAAAGUUAGUUUCGGAAGGGGGAAAAGGCCCAACCAUGAGACAGAAGAGGAGCCUACGACUUCCAAGAAAAAGAAGGCUACAUUUAAACGACAGUAUCAGGUGUCCUACUUAAAAUACGGAUUUACCUCAUGCACCAAGCCCACUCUGCAUAACAGGCGGCGAUGG